AAACAUUACGCUCGAUGCGGAGGCAAAUGAUGGGCGCGGUGUUGUAGCAGCUUCAGUUAACUCAAACAGUGGGGCAACCGUACCGGAUGAGGACUUUUUCUCGCUCAUCAUGCGUCUCCAGGGUGGCCGAAUGGAGGAUCAACGUGCCACGGUUCCCCAUCACAAUCAGCUAAACCGCAGCGCCAGCCAACCGACCAAUGGUAAUGGCAAUAAUCAGCCCGCCGGUAGCAACACCGGUAGCAAUGGAAAUGCGGCCAACAGCAGUGUCGCGAAUGGGCAGCUGAACAAUAACAACAAUGGCACUGGGGGCGGUGGUAGUGGGGGGAAGGGGUUGAAAUGAUUUUACUCCCUCGACCGUUAGUGAGCACACGCCAAUGGUACUCACUGGCGGUCCUGGGAAACGCCGUGGCUGUGUCGAGCAGCGAAACGGAGCAGAAUGGGUAUAUGUUGCAGUUUAUUAGAUAUGUUCUUUUACUAUUACGAUUUGUAAAAACCACUUCUUCUGAUUUCAUAUCAAUUAAUGCCACAAGUUAUCAGUUUUAUUAGACCCCACCUCCCGUCCCCCCACAUUUGUACUAGGUGAAGCAGGUUUAUCUCCGCACUACUCGUAAAUCAUGUGAAAUCAUAUGGACAAAGCAGCAACAUUCCUUUGUUGUAAAGAUUUAUGAUUUUGUACUAAAACCGAUUCCAAAACCCGUCCAAAUAUGAGUGCAAGUCUGUCAUUUUAUCCCGUUUGAGAUUACACACCAAGUCGAUGAGUAUCUUCCUUGCCUUGUUUUACGUUUCAUUCGCUUGUGUGGGAUGAAUGAUCAAGCUUCAAGCUUAUCCGCGACCGGCGGCCUGUUUGCUGUUGGAGCUCCUGGACCAAAAACGAACUUUCCAAUAAUAAUAAAAAGAGAAAACACAAAGCCAAUCUCUUGUAGCGCUCUCAAUAAAAGACGUCCUUGCGGUUUAGAGCAUGAGGGCCAAUCCUGACAAAAAAGCCAUUUACUAGAAUGUAAGAAUGAGUUCGUUGGCCGGUCGGUAGUAUAAGGAAGGGUUACGAAAAUGACGAAAAUGGUGAUUCAAUCAGCAAACUGUAGAAAGUAAAUUCAAAAUGAAUGAUAAUCAAGCUUCAACUGAGGCGCCCAGGUAGAUAGCAUCUGGUAUAUGUAGCCGUUUGUUCAUGUUACGCGUGAAAGGCCAAUUGUAAAAGUGACCGUCGUCAACCACACUUCUUCCAUCCUGCUAUACGUUAAAUCUUUUUAAAUGCCCAUUUUUGAAUCUACGGUUCUGCAUUGAAUACCUAUAAAACCAUAUCCGCCUGUAGCGCAGUAACACUGCAAAUCAUGUAUUAUCAUAAGGAAUGCCACAGGGGGUAAGGGUAGCGGGUUGCCGGUUGGUCGCCAGAAGGAAAUCAUAAUCACCUUAUCGAGCAGAACAUUUGUAACCUCAAUCUAGAGUGGCUUCCAGCGCAAACGCCAAACACUGGUAUGAAGAUUAUAUCUUUUGAUGAUAUUCGAAGGCACUAAGGGGAUGGGAUCAUUAUCAUGAUUGAUCGACUCAACUCGUCUUUAACAACGGAUGCUUGAACGUGUUUAUUAUUGUUAAUGUGUAAAUCUUUAUGUGAUAAACGGCCAUUGUGUUUUUUGAUGCAUUACCUUCUUCUAUCACAAACCGUGCAUGACUUGUCUCGUAAUACAAUGCAGGUGGAUUCGUUCAUAUCAUUCGUAGCAUUCUAUUCAAAACAGAAACGGAAGCGGAAAAGAAAACCCCACCACCAUACUAUCUUUAUGGCCAACGUAGCAUUAUGGCGGAGCUACAUCGUCUAGCGCUAAUCAAGGUCUUCAUAUAAUCUUUCUCUCUCCCGGCGGAGGGAGUAAGCGUAUGAUGAAUGCUGAGCUUACGAAAUGUCCAAGUAACGCCCUUCCGAAAUGCUUAUAUUGCGAUAGGAUACGUUGAACCAAUACCAAUCAAAGCCCUUUCUACUCGAGUGUAAUAAAUGAAUAAUAAUAAAACGAUCCAUAGAGCCUUCUGUAA